GCGGGCCACGAAUGCAGCCGGGUACUGGGACGUGCAAGCCGCGGGUGGCAGCAGGUUGUGGGACUCACCCCAGAGCAGAACCUCUCCAUCCAGGAGAAGGGUGGGAGGCCUCCAGGCCACCUGCCAUGUGACAGUUGAGGACUUCAGCUUGCAGAAAGCAGAAGUGAGCCCACAGCUCCGUACUUCAGGAAAUCAGUCUGGCUGUUGGGUGACCCAGCUCCUCUGCUACCAUGAACAGGGCCUCUCUGAAGCGGUCAAAGAUCCUGCACAUGGCACUGAUGGGGACUUCCGACCCCUCCGGAGAGACAGAGGCCAGCCACGAGAAGCCCUUUGUGCUGCGGGCACUGCAGAUCGCUCUGGUAGUCUCUCUCUACUGGGUCACGUCCAUCUCCAUGGUGUUCCUUAACAAGUACCUGCUGGAUAGCCCCUCCCUACGGCUGGACACCCCCAUCUUCGUCACCUUCUACCAGUGCCUGGUGACCGCGCUGCUGUGCAAGGGCCUCAGCUCACUGGCCACCUGCUGCCCUGGUACCAUGGACUUCCCCACCCUGCGCCUGGACCUCAGGGUGGCCCGAAGCAUCCUGCCCCUGUCGGUGGUCUUCAUUGGCAUGAUCACCUUCAAUAACCUCUGCCUCAAGUAUGUGGGUGUGGCCUUCUACAACGUGGGCCGCUCACUCACCACCGUCUUCAAUGUGCUGCUCUCCUACCUGCUGCUCAAGCAAACCACCUCCUUCUAUGCCCUGCUCGCCUGCAGCAUCAUCAUUGGUGGCUUCUGGCUUGGUGUGGACCAGGAGGGCGCAGAGGGUACCCUGUCUUGGACAGGCACCCUUUUUGGCGUGCUCGCCAGCCUCUGCGUCUCACUCAACGCCAUCUACACGAAGAAGGUGCUCCCGGCGGUGGACGGCAGCAUCUGGCGUCUGACCUUCUACAACAACGUCAAUGCCUGCGUCCUCUUUUUGCCCCUGCUCCUGCUGCUGGGGGAGCUCCCGGCCCUCUACAACUUCCCCCAGCUGGGCAGCGCCCACUUCUGGGGCAUGAUGACGCUGGGCGGCCUGUUUGGCUUCGCCAUCGGCUAUGUAACAGGACUGCAGAUCAAGUUCACCAGUCCCCUGACCCACAACGUGUCCGGCACAGCCAAAGCCUGCGCCCAGACGGUGCUGGCCGUCCUCUACUACGAGGAGACGAAGAGCUUCCUCUGGUGGAUGAGCAACAUGAUGGUGCUGGGAGGCUCCUCCGCCUAUACCUGGGUCAGGGGCUGGGAGAUGAAAAAGAUUCAGGAGGAGCCCCGCCCCAAGGAGGAGGAGAAGAGUAACGUGGAGGUGUGAGCUUCUCCAGAGACGCUGCGAUGGCCCCGCCCAGCCCAGGGAGAACGCCCAUGAAUGCAGUGAAGGUGUCUCUCUGGACCCAGAGACAGUGGCCUUACAGACCUGAUGGGAACCUGGUGGUUGAAAUGGAACCAGUGUUUCCAAGUAAUGUCAGAAAGUUGCCAAACCUGUCUCGACCCUCUUUCCUAUUUCUGGGUUUUUGUCCUUCCCUAGGGAGGAGGGUCCCCCAUGGGAAGAGCCAGUUAGGUUCUCUGGAAGAGCACCAGCUCUCUCGGAGUAGGAGAGAGACAGCACCCCUUCCUGUCCCCCUGCCAGGGCCUCCUACCUCCACAUGACCUUUGGGGUUGGGGACAGGCCACAACCUUUAAGGGACAGUAUUGGCAAAGCCAUUACGUCUUCACUUGGACUCAGGGGAGAUGGGGGUGUGACCCCACCACAGGCUUAGGAUUUGGGAAACCUCACACCUCUGUGCCCCGGGGCAGGCAGCAUAGCUUUGGCCCACCCCAAACCAGCCUUCUUUUGGAGGAGAGUGUAGGCUGGGCUGAGGGAGGAAAUGAACAAACCUUCUCUCUUCUCUGCAUUGAGACCAGCAGCCCCCGUGCAAGGGGGUGAAGGAUCAGCGGUACCCGAGCCUGGCCCAGGAACCUGCAGGGGCUGCUGGGAAGUGGCCUGGGAGUGGGCUGCAUCAUGGGAGAGCACCUUUUCCCUGCGCCCUUCCCCCCACCACCGCUGUCUGCACCCCACGUUUCCACUGUUUGAAUGUGGCAGUCAUUAACACCCUCCCGCAGUCGCUAACACCAGUUUUGCCCACCUCACUCCCCUGCCCCUGAGGGGCAGCUGCCACCUGGCACAAACAACUACCUGGCUCAGGUAACAGCCCCCCAGAAGUGGAGGCAGGGAGCCGCUUUGGCUUCUCCCAUCUCUGCCUCUCCAGGGCAUGCUGAUGGAGCCAGGGUCAGCUCAGAGCCUUCCACCUAAGCUGUGCUGGGCCCCCCAAGAUCCAGGUCCCUGCAGGGCAGGUGUUGUAACUUGCUCUUGAUGAAGGUGUUAAGCUAACAAUUACAAACUUCCCCGAGUUUGGGGCCGAAAGAAUCUUCCCUUCCCCUCACCACACCCUCCGGGCCUGAGGGUGGCUUUCACAACUCCUGUCCCUUCUGUUGGGUGUUUUGUUCCACCAAGUGGAACAAAACUCCUUGGGGUAACUCCUGAUGUUUUCAGCCCCUGUAACGAAAGGCUGGGGAGAGUGGGUCUUCUCACGAGUACUCUCUUCCAGUCCCCGCACAAUCCCAGGUGGUUUCUAAUGAAGUUGGUGGGGCCUGAUGCCCUGAAUUGUGUGUGAUUUAAUUAAAAAUCAGAGUAAGACA